GCCUGGGGCAGCUAAAGCGACGUGUCCUUGUCCCCCCUGGGCAGCCCUGGUGAGUGCGGCCGCGGAUCCCCAGCUCCAAACACCACCCCCCUCAGAGCCUUCACCCCCUGGGAUAACCGGUCAGGAACCAUGAAGACCAAGGCGCGGCCCCCUAGGCGCCGGGUGGCUGCGCAGAGCACAGAGGCCACCCCAGGGGAUCAGCCCCCCAACAGGGCCCCACCGGACUCGGGGGCCCAGCCAGCCAGGGGCCUGCGGAGCAGGACAGCGCAGAAGCAGGGGGCCCGGGCUGAGGGCGGGCGCCGGCGGCAGGCGCCUUCGGGGGCGGCGGGCCGGCGGGAGAGCAGCAUCCAGCGGCGGCUGGAGAGCAACGAGCGGGAGCGGCAGCGCAUGCACACGCUGAACAACGCCUUCCAGGCGCUGCGCGAGGUCAUCCCCCACGUGCGCGCCGACAAGAAGCUCUCCAAGAUCGAGACCCUCACGCUGGCCAAGAACUACAUCAAGUCGUUGACGGCCACCAUCCUGACCAUGUCCAGCGGUCGCCUCCCGGGCCUGGACGGGCCGGGCCCUAAGCUCUACCAGCACUACCAGCAGCAGCAGCAGCAGCAGCAGCAGCAGGCGGCCGGGGGCGCGCUGGCUGCCGCCGAGUCCCAGCCCGAGGGCCACCUGCAGAAGUACUCCACGCAGAUCCACAGCUUCCGCGAGGGCUCCUAGCGCCCGGCCCUGGUCCCACCAAGAGCCCCGGGCUGGUGGUGACCCCCACGUGGACGCGGCCCCAGCGGCUGCAUCUUCCCCAAACACUCAGCUGCCUUUCAGGAACGUGUCCUGGCCCCCCCAGGGGACCAGACCUGGCCGAGGCGGUGGCCCCGGGCGGCCGGAGGCCCAAAUGUUUGUGUGGCUGCCAGAACCUUGUUGGCUUUCACUUGACUAAGCAGGAGACCACUGGCCUUGGUGACUUGACUCUCUUCUCUCCUGAGUUCCCCCGGAGGCGGGGAGAUCCCAGGAAAAGGCGUCCGCGGUGCGUCCCCACACGUGUGCCUGAGGCCCAGGCCCAGAAGGGAAGCCCCCGCCCCCUCAUUCAAGCGGAACGGAACCCCCUCCAACCUGCAUCAGAACCCCCUCAUUCAAGCUGAACUGAGGCACAGAGCGAAGGCCCGUGGCCAGUGCGGCUGCACCCAGGCGCCCAGGUAGGGGAGUGUCUGCUUCGCCAUCUACCUGUCCAGCAGAAACCCUCGUCAGGUGGCCUCGGAAUGAUUCUGGGGGGAUCUUCGGAGGUCCUGGAGAGGCCUUGAUAUUUUCCUCCUGUGUUGGGGGCUCCUGGUUGCGGAGGGACUGAGCCGGGUCGGAGGGUCUGUGGCCUGGUGCCGAGGGGGAUGGAGAACGGACGGGGAGAGAGGGGCUGGGGCUCUUGGGCCCGGCCCUUUGGGAAACCGUCCAUCCCCAGGCCUGCCCCCGUGUCCCACUCAGGUGUGCUGCUCAUCGUCACUGAGUGCGUGGUCUGAAAGGACUUGCGGGUGCUGUCGGGUCCUGGCUGGGGUCGGGGGCCCCGCAGGGCUCUCUGCAGGGAGGAGUCUGGGGCGGCAGAGCCCCCUCCCCCACGCGGCGCGCUCGGCGGAGGCAGGGCCGGCGUCUUGGCAGGCCUCUGCAGGCCUGGGCCAAGCUUCCUCCUGCGGUGUUCCUGCCCCGCUGGCUUCAACGGGCUUGGCCGCUUCGCUGCCAGCCGGCUGGCAUCUCCCCUCCCUUGUCCUUCCGCUCCAUAGCCCAUGUGGGGAGGGGACAGGGCCCUUGGCAGCCUCAGGCGGGAGCCACGGUGACUGAGGCGACAGUUGGCCUGGCACGUGGGGGCUGGGUCCCCUGGGCCCAGAGCCGUGUGGUAGGUCCUCCCAGGCCAUUGGGGAUGGGGGCCGGGCCGGGCCUAAGGCUGUCACAGCUGAGGGCUCGGCCCUGAUGCGUGGCCUUGCCGUUCCACGCCUGGUUGUCCCGGCCCUGCCAUUUAAUGCGUUUCCGGGCUAUGCGUCAGCCCUGGCAGCGUCAAGGACAGCAGGUGGCCCCUCUCAGAACAGCCAUGUGCUGCUUCAGUUCUAACUUCCCUGGUCAGACGCUGGCCGGGCCCUUCCAGGUCCCUCGGGCAGGUGGGCCAGGGAUGCCUGUCCCUCAGCCUGGGUCGGGUUGGGGCCCCAGGUGCCCCUGGGCUGCCUGGCAGGCCUGGCUGCUCCGGAAGGUCAGAGCAGUGACGAACGCUGGGGCCGCUCUGAGCUCGGGGACCAGCGGGGUCCAGGCUCCCCUGCUGUGGGGGCCCGCUGGCUGAACACGAAACAGGGACGCCCGUGAACUUGGUGGCUCUUGCUGCGGCUGAGCUGAGGCCAGAGCAGGGCUCAGCGCGGCCCUGAACUUGCUGAGCCGACGGCGCAGGGAGGGGUCCCCGGCAGAGGCUGUCUGUCCAGGAGGCCGUGCCUGGUGACGGGGUCGCCACCUCGUGGGAUGACAGCCCUGGGGGCUCUCGCUCUGCCUGUCCCAAACUGGCACCUGCACCCCCUCUGCUUCCCAGAGGGUGACCGGGGCCCAGACGUCCAGCUUGGGGGACACCUGCAUGCCCUGUGGCCGCAUCACCAAGGACCUUAACGGUCUCAGUCUCGCUUUCGGGGUGUUCAGUGUGGGGGCGCCGAGGGAGCAGGUCUGGUGAGAGGCCCGUGAAGUCUGCUGCUGCUGUCUGCCCCCUCAACCUUCCCCUUGGACCCCAAGCCCAGCCGGAGCCUCCUGUGCCCUGAGGAGUCCUAACAUCAGAGGCCCUCACGCACCAGCCCUGGUCACCCGCCCCCCCCACCCCCACCCCCGGAGCCUUGGACCUGCGGGCAGACCGGACCCCAGAGCAGGCCAGAGAGCGCCCAUCUGCUGAGCCGAGAAACCAGAACUGCGACUUUUCUGUCUGAGAAACCCCCGGGACCGAACAGCUGGUGCCCCAGCGGUAAUUGUGGUGAAAAUGUUCCUUCAAUGACCCAAAUCUGCUUUUCGUUGGUCCUAAUGGCUCCUCCAAAGCCCUCACGAAACUGACGCUGUCACAAAAUGAAAAUAAAAGAUUUCACGCGA